UCCUGCGCAAAGCGCUUUACGACCCUUCGGUUAGUGUUUGCGACAGUGAUCCGCGUACACACGGCACAGUUAUGGAACACGGCAGUGAGAAGAUGGCGGAAGAGGAGCGGAGUGCCAGUGCAGAGAAACUCAAGGAGAAGGCGAAUAACUACUUUAAAGAGAAGGACUAUGAGAACGCAAUCAAGUAUUACUCGGAAGCACUGGAGUUGAACCCCACCAAUGCCAUCUUCUACAGUAACAGGAGUCUGGCCUACCUGCGCACUGAGUGCUAUGGCUACGCACUGGCGGAUGCCACUCGGGCCCUGGAGCUGGACAAGAACUACAUCAAGGGCUACUACCGACGCGCCACCUCCAACAUGGCCCUCGGCAAGUUCAAGGCAGCGCUCAAAGAUUACGAGACGGUUGUGCGAGUGCGACCCAAUGACAAAGAUGCUAAGAUGAAGUUUCAGGAAUGUAAUAAGAUUGUCAAGCAGAAGGCUUUUGAACGAGCCAUUGCCAGCGAUGAGCUUAAGCGCUCGGUUGUUGACUCCUUAGACAUUGAGAACAUGACAAUUGAGGAUGAUUAUUCUGGACCCAAACUUGAAGAUGGAAAGGUGACACUGAAGUUCAUGAAAGAACUGAUGGAUUGGUUUAAAGACCAAAAGAAACUGCACAGAAAGUGUGCUUACCAGAUCCUGAUUCAAGUGAAAGAAGUUUUAUCCAAACUCCCAAGUCUUGUUGAAAUAACAUUAAAAGAGACAGAUAAAAUAACUAUAUGUGGGGACACACAUGGCCAGUACUAUGAUCUUUUAAAUAUCUUGGACUUGAAUGGUUUACCAUCUCCGACUAAUCCUUAUCUGUUCAACGGUGACUUUGUGGAUCGCGGCUCUUUCUCUGUAGAAGUCAUUCUCGUACUCUUUGGCUUCAAACUGCUUUAUCCAGACCACUUCCACCUACUCAGAGGCAACCAUGAGACGGAUAACAUGAAUCAGAUGUAUGGGUUCGAGGGUGAGGUCAAAGCGAAGUAUACUGCGCAGAUGUUCCAGCUGUUUAGUGAGGUCUUCCAGUGGCUUCCACUUGCCCAGUGCAUCAAUUCUAAAGUCCUGGUGAUGCAUGGAGGACUGUUUAGUGAAGAUGGUGUGACUUUAGAUGACAUUAGAAAGAUCGAAAGAAAUAGGCAACCGCCAGACUCGGGUCCAAUGUGUGAUCUCCUAUGGUCAGACCCUCAGCCGCAGAAUGGAAGGUCCAUCAGUAAGCGGGGCGUGAGCUGUCAGUUUGGUCCUGAUGUUACUGACCGCUUCCUGGAACAGAACAAACUACAGUUCAUAGUUCGCAGUCAUGAGGUGAAAGCCGAGGGCUAUGAGGUCACACACUCAGGGAAAUGCAUCACCGUGUUCUCAGCGCCAAACUACUGUGACCAGAUGGGUAAUAAAGGAGCGUACAUUCACCUCAGGGGUUCAGAUCUUAAGCCAGAGUUUCAUCAGUUUUCUGCUGUGCCUCAUCCAAAUGUCAAGCCGAUGGCAUAUGCCAACUCUCUCAUGCAGAUGGGGAUGAUGUAGAGGUCUCUGGUGCUGAUUUUAUUCCACACAAGCUGCUCUGGUCCACACCGGUUCAUCCAAAUCCACUCUUACAUUCGUCUCAUCUGUUUCAAACAAAGCAGUUUGUUUCUAGUAUACACACGCACAUAUACGGUUCGACAGUGUUCAACAAGCCUGUGCUUUCAUUGUUUUGGGAAGACAUCACUUACCAAGUCAAAAAUGGUAUUGCCUUGACUUUUAAAAAGAACAAAAUAGCAAUGACUUUGUCUACUUGCUCACUAGUGGAUCUGAUUCUUGUGUUCAGAAAAAUCCCCAUCAUUAAUCAUGUGUUCAUUCAUAUUCAGCUGUUGGAUGUUUAGCUGUAUGAUAGAGGAGCUGAUUUGUACCAAAGAAUGAGCAAUCAUAUGUGAUGCAGGACAAAGAGCGUUGAUGUAAGAUUAAAUCAGAGACUUUCACUUAAAGUUGUUCUGCGUGGGGCCAAAACAAAAGCAGUAUGAAUACCUAAAAAUCCCACAUCUUAACAUUGUGGUACUUUAUUACUGUAGCAUUGAACUUAUUCUGUGCAUCUUGAAUAAAAAAGCCAGUUUUAAUGAUAAAAGCCGGGUUUUGGAUCUUUCCCUUUCAGCAGGGGAGAGGCUCAGUAGCUGUUUUUUUAUUUAGUAGGGAUCUCCCACAUUCGCCAUUUUCCCACAUGCUUAACCCAAACUGCACUGGAGGAAGUGUUUAACCCUCAUACCUACCACUGUAUGUUUGUCUAGCCCAUCCUGAACACUCUGUGGACUCUGAAUAAUAAAGCAGAAACUUACCUUCUUUAAACGCACAGCAGCCAUGUCCCAUUCCCCCUGACUUUUUAGAUAAUAUUAUAUACACCAAUGUGUAUGUAUAUAUAUAUUACUGUAUCAAUGAAAUUUCUGUGUACAUGUUCUUUGGAAACAGACGUUAUUGAAUAAAAAAAAUUCCAGUACAAUAAAUCUAGAAUGCAGUCAUA